GGUGUGUUCGAAGCGUAAGAGAACGUAAUCUCAGCUCAGCUACUUAGCCUAUUAUAAUGUUUGUAUUCUAGGCCUACAUCGUGUCUGGCACACUGAAGAUUAGAUGCGUAUUGUGCAAUUCGACGAACAACAACCUGGAGAGGCGAGCGUCUUUGUCCAUGUAUGCUCCUUCAACCAAUACACCUUCAGUUGUCGCCGGUCCGGUCUGUGACGUCACAUUCUAAACACUGUGGUUGGUUGUGCGCUUGUAAACAAAUAGGCUACUGAUUUCGUCCUGGGCACAGGGCAGGCAAGACACGCGGGAAAGAAUACAACUGGAAAGAGUGAACAUAUUUUUUUUAUGAGCGCAGUGCACACGAAGCGGCGAUGCAACAGAUGUGUGCAGGUUAUUAGGUGGGAUAUUUUUGUCCUUUUAUUUGCGAAAAAAAUUCUAGGCGGAAUGGAUUGUGUUAUGGCAGCCUUUUCUGUUAAUAACGCCACUGUCACUAACUCCAUCAUAAUGAACACCAAUGGGCCUCCUGAUCUGAUGCUGGACCCCAGAACUGUAUGUGUAUCUAUCGAUGAGGUGGUAUCCAAUCAUGUGAGAAGUCAACAGACUCCAUUAUUACAUGGGCAUCUCAAGAAAGUGGAGAACAGUCUAACUGAAGCCCAACGUUUUUCCUACCUGCCACGUCGACCAGCAGUUAACAUUGAAUUCAAAGAUGUCUGCUACUCAGUUCCUGAGGGACCAUGGUGGGGAAAGAAAGGUUACAAGACCCUGCUGAAAGGGAUCUCUGGGAAAUUUACCAGCGGUGGCCUGGUGGCCAUCAUGGGUCCCUCAGGAGCUGGGAAAUCUACGCUGAUGAAUAUUCUGUCCGGCUACAGGGAAACAGGGAUGAAGGGGGAGAUCUUGAUCAAUGGACAGCCUCGUGACCUGCGCUCUUUCAGGAAGGUCUCGUGCUACAUCAUGCAGGAUGACAUGCUUCUGCCUCACCUCACAGUACAGGAGGCCAUGAUGGUGUCUGCUAAUCUGAAGCUCCAGGAAAAGGAUGAGGGCAAGAGAGACAUGGUGAGGGAGAUCCUGACGGCGCUGGGCCUGCUUGAGUGUGCGAAAACUCGAACGUCACAUCUUUCAGGGGGGCAGAGGAAAAGGCUGGCCAUCGCCCUAGAGCUUGUCAACAACCCUCCCAUCAUGUUCUUUGAUGAGCCCACCAGUGGCCUGGACAGUUCCUCCUGUUUCCAGGUGUUGUCUCUGCUGAAGGCCCUGGCCCAUGGUGGCCGCACCGUCAUCUGCACCAUCCACCAGCCCAGCGCCAAGCUCUUUGAGCUCUUCAACAAACUGUACGUCCUUAGCCAGGGCCAGUGUAUCUACAGAGGGAAAGUGGCUAACCUGGUCCCUUACCUUAGAGAGCUGGGGCUCAACUGCCCAACAUACCACAAUCCUGCAGACUUUGUGAUGGAGGUGGCGUCUGGGGAGUACGGAGAUCAGACGGCUCGUCUGGUGAAGGCCGUGCAGGAGGGGAAAUGUGAGCAGGUCUACAAGACAGACAUGAAUGAUGGACCCCUCAACCCCUUCCUGUGGCAUAAAUCUUCUGAGGAGGACUUCCCUUCCGAUGAGGGCUGCCACAGUUUCUCGGCCAGUUGUCUGACUCAGUUCUGCAUCCUGUUCAAAAGGACGUUUCAAUGCAUCAUUAGAGAUACAGUGCUGACUCACCUAAGAAUCACCUCUCACAUUGGGAUUGGGAUUCUGAUUGGCCUGCUCUAUCUGGGCAUCGGCAACGAUGCCAAGAAAGUGCUCAGCAACUCCGGCUUCCUCUUCUUCUCCAUGCUCUUCCUCAUGUUUGCUGCUCUAAUGCCUACUGUUCUGACAUUCCCUUUGGAGAUGGGAGUGUUCCUAAGAGAGCACUUGAACUACUGGUACAGUCUGAAGGCUUACUAUCUGGCCAAGACUAUGGCAGACCUCCCCUUCCAGAUAGUGUUCCCAGUCGCCUACUGCAGCAUCGUCUACUGGAUGACGUCCCAGCCGCCUGACGCUGUGCGUUUCAUCCUUUUCUUGGCCCUGGGAGUCCUCACCUCUCUUGUGGCCCAGUCUCUGGGCCUGCUGAUAGGAGCGGCUUCCACCUCGCUACAGGUUGCCACGUUUGUAGGUCCGGUGACUGCCAUACCCGUACUGCUUUUCUCUGGCUUCUUUGUCAGUUUUGACACAAUUCCGUGGUAUCUUCAGUGGAUGUCAUACAUUUCAUAUGUCAGGUAUGGUUUUGAAGGUGUCAUCCUCUCCAUCUACGGGCUGGACCGGAAGGACCUCCACUGUGACAAGGAUGAAACAUGCCACUUCCAGAAGUCGGAGGCCAUCUUGAAAGAGCUUGACGUGGAAGAUGCCAAACUGUACCUUGACUUCAUAGUGCUCGGCAUGUUCUUUGUGACCCUCCGCCUCCUCGCGUACUUUGUGCUGCGCUAUAAGAUCAGUGCAGAGAGGUAAACUGGGGAGUCGGGGUAGGAGGAAGAAGGCCCAGAUUGGAAUACCACUUCUAGAAACCUCCAGGCAGUGGCCCAGAAAUACACCAUGCACACCAAACUUUUGGCCAAAGACUACAGAAUAUAGACAACUGUUGUGUUGAGAGUGUGCAUGCAGUAUGAAUCUACUUAGCUUAGACAAACAAAUAUGGCAGAGAGGACAGUGCCUAAGGCCAUGGAUGAUUCCCAAUAUUACAAGAACAUUCUUGUUUAAAAACCAAAACCAUUGGCUUCUUGAAGGCAAGGCUCCUGUCACAGUAGGAAUCUAGAUGUAAUCGCCUUGUGCAAGGGAACCAACUGUAAGUAAUGUAAGAGUUUGUUGUUGAUAGGCUCUUGUCUAGUCUGUAGUUCCAGACUGGUUUGUAUGACCACUGUGUGAAACCAAUUAAAUUAAAUAGCGUGGUGGAAGGACAAUGGGAAGACAGGGCCACACUUAAACAGGAGCUGGUUUCCUACAAUGUGUGUUUAUUAUAUAGGACUGCCAGAUCAAAUGGGUCUCUAACCUGGGACCCUCGGUCAAUAAAGGGAAAGGUACAAUAUUGCUUGUUGCUAAUGUGGGAUAAAGCAAUCCCAUACAUUCCAAGCAUGUGAGAGACUGUACAGUACCGAUAUAUACUGUCGUUUAUCCUGGGUGAGUUUCCCGAAACAAAUGUGGCAUGUGGCGCUCGACAACCUAGCCUCUAGGGCGCAAGAGAGUAACAUCUGUGCUUGAACAAACUAAUUAAUCAAAUGAAGCACGUUCUAUGAGUGGCGUCGGCGUGGGUCUGGGUUUUUGAGAGAAAUAAAGUACCACGUUAGCACCCCUGGUCAGAGGACUGUGGUUGUGAUUAUAGGGCUUGAAUAGUUGAAGGAAGAUAUGGGGGAUAUGAAUUCUGAUGUGACUGUGGCUGGCUUAGUAUUCCAAGCCAGAAUCCUAACCUGAGAUCUGAGCACGUAACGCGAACAGAAAAUUAAGUAUUACAUUAUCUCAAGCAUUACCAACACAGCUUAGUUUGAAUGGCAUGGAGGAUUGAUACAAUACUCUUUUAGUCACUCACAGUCAGUCAUGUAAAAUAGAAUUGAGAAUGAAGAGCAUUUUACACUAGUUCAUGUUCUGUCACACAAUCAAAUCAUAAGAGACAUGGCAGCCUAGGUUGGGGCUUGUUUUUUCUGUCAACCAUACCAAAGGGAUAUAGUGCUACCAGAUUUCUGUAAGAGACUGGGGGCUCUAUUUUAUCAAACUUAAUGCAAUGGUAAGUCUUAGUGCUGUUGGUAGCGCUAUAGAUCCAGGGGUGUUUUUUUGCUAUUUUCACUUCAGAAAUUAUGGGCGCAGUAUCUGGCAUGUGGGUGUAAGGGAUGGAUUUUGAUGAAUAAAUAAGUUGGGAGGCUUGUCCCCUCACUGGCCAAUCAGAACGUGGUCCAUGGCUAAAUAUGUGGGUGUUUCUAGUUGUGUAUUUACGAUCUUUCAUGUUUUAAGUUGUCAUCAAAGCCAAUUUGAAUGUUAGUCCGCUAUAGCCUAGAUUGUUAAAUAGCCUACAGAAACAAAAUAACAACAUGUAGGCAUAUUCCAUCUUUGCUAAAUACAUUGAACAUGUUUGCAGUCCAUAUUGUUCUAAGUAAUUGCAUUGCUUCAAUAUGGAAAUACUCUACCGUUCAAAAGUUUCGGUCACUUAGAAAUGUCCUUGUUUUUGAAAGAAAAGCUAUUUUUUUGUCCAUUAAAAUAACAUCAAAUUGAUCAGAAAUACAGUGUAGACAUUGUUAAUGUUGUAAAUGUCUAUUGUAGCUGGAAACGGCAGAUUUUUUAUGGAAUAUUUACAUAGACGUACAGAGGCCCAUUAUCGGCAACCAUCACUCCUGUGUUCCAAUGGCAUGUUGUGUUAGCUAAU